UCAUAUGGGACAUGUCAAAGGGUCCUAUGUUCCACACAUGUGCUCUCCUUGGUCCUCUGUUCCCCAAAUAUACAUAGCACUCAUUUUUCAUAUAGGGUGGUGAACAACGCAUGUCUGCAGUUCCAAUGCCAGGACGUACUGAAAUGGAUCCAAAAAAAGGCCACAUCCUUAUCGCUGUGUUCGAAGACAGGAGGAAGAGGGUCAAGUGACAACACCACAGGUGGUCGCCCUCCAGUGGCUCUAUAGAGGCGUGCUCACACUCCAUGACCCACUCUCACUUUCAGUGAGGGAAGAACCCUUCACCAUCAUACCGAGAUCCAGCACCACACAUAAAUCGCCUUAUUAUACCAACAAACGUACGUUCUCGGCAUUAAAACGUAGGCCGAGCUCAGGAGGUAGAGCGGGUUGGCUGGUGACCAGAAGGUUGUUGGUUCGAUCCCUGCUCCUGACGAGCUGGCUAUCGCCCUUCGUGGUUGACUCCGCCGUCGUUUUAGUGAAUGUGUGAAUGAUUAGUUGUAAGACGCUUUUGAUAAAAGCGUCAGUAAAUCCCCUAAAUGUAAAUUGUAUCGGUUCUCGCUGCAGGCCGUGUCGGUUGCCCGGUCGUUGGUUGCCCGGGUAGGGUAUGUGGGAUCCCGGACACGUUUCCCUGAGAACGGCCCACUGUUGACAUGCUUCGAGGAAUCGAGGAACGAGAGCGAGGAGGGAAAAGUGCGGUUGUCUAGACAACCAGCCAUGACAGUGAACCCAGCCGUCGGGAACUUUAGUCCCAACGACCUCUCCCGUUCUGAACUGAAGCCCUGAUCGCUUCGGUCUGCCACAAAGAUCCCUUCUGAAAUGCUGUCCCAGUGCGGUGGCGGUGAACCCCUCGACCAGGGCAGACCCUGGUUGACGAAGUGGACCAGUCCGAUGUGGGGCGACAUGAGGCAGGGCCACGGGGUGCAGGAGUGGCCCGACGGAUCCAGGUAUGAAGGGGAGUACCUGAACGGUCUGAGACACGGCCCGGGCCGGUUCACCUGGAGGAACGGAGAGUGUUAUGAGGGUGCGUUUCAUAGAGACUACCGCCAUGGUGAAGGGGUUUACAGCUGGCCCUCAGGCCACAAGUUUACUGGCAAGUUCUACCUCAACAAGAAGGAUGGAUUUGGAAGGAAGGAGUUCCCUGAUGGAUCCAGCUUUCAGGGCCUGUACCAUGCUCACCAGAAGUUUGGCCCAGGUGUGUUAACUCACCCUGACGGCCGUCAGGAUGUGGGUCUGUGGCGUGGGGAGCACCUGGUCAGGCUCUGUACCUCCCUGGAAGGGGGCUUCAGCCUAAGCAGCUUUCCAGAGUAUGCUGCCUACAUGGGCCCUCCUCCUGCUGCUGCUAUAGACCCCCUGGCCACGCCUUUUCUUUUGUCUACUGCUACAAAGCCAGUCUCCAAGGACCCCUCGGACACCCCCGUCGCUGACCGGCUGUCCGAGGAGAGCCUUGCCCGCCCCCCCGGCCUGGAGUACUACUCCGCUGACGGGGACCACCUGCCGCUGCCCCCCAGCUUCCAGGGGGAGCUUGACCGCAGCUUCUUCGGCGCGCUGUGGGAGCCGGACACGGAGCCAGCGCCCGCCGCCACCCUGCCCUGGCAGCUCCGCAUGCAGGCCCACGUCCGCAGACACAGGCUAGAGACAGUGCGGGUUGGUUGGGACGUGAGGGCCGUCCUGUCUCUCUCCCGGAGCCCGUUUGGCCCUAAGGGCCCGUUGGAGCUCAGCUCAGAGCUGCUGAUCCAGAAGGCCGGCGAGGGCGACCGCCACGAGGUCAACCGGAUCCUUCGAACCCGACGGGUCAGCCCCGACGUCAGCGAUGCCCGCGGCCAUACUGCCCUCACGGCUGCUACGGUUAACUGCCACGAUGCGGUCAUCCACCUGCUGCUCGAUACGGGCGCUGACAUCGAUCACCUGAACUGCGAGGGCAUGAACGCACUCGCCGUGUGCCACGUCCUCUACUACCCCUUUCAGUCCCUUCACACCACCCUGGCCGAGAAGGCAAUACCCCCAACCCUGUCGACCGCAGAACCGGAGGCAACGCUUCCACCGCCACCAGUCGACAGCCCCCCUCGCCCCCCCAGCCCCCCCAGGGCUGACCCGGAGAUCAACGAGCAGCACGGAGACUCAGACAGCAGCACACCUGAGGACAGCCAGCAGGGGAGCCUCCCGGAGUCAGAGGGGGGAGAGGAGGUCCCGGGCCAGCUCCGCUCUCUCCAAGUGCUGGACGGCCACAUCCCGUUGGGCAGUGUCGUCUGGCGAGGGGGUGGAGCCAGGGCUACCAGAGGAGUGGCGUUGGCAGCAGGUGUUAAGCGGUUCUUGGACGAAGCGGACCGUCCGGUGUUUAACUCGGCGCAGUCCCUGGAAAGCUUCUUCAUCCCGGUGACCGAGGACGGGAUGCAGCACACGGCCGAAGCGCUGAGCCGCAUCGGAGUCCCCCCUCGAACCCACAGCCACGAGACCCUCCGCAGGAUGGCCGCCAUGAAGACGGAGCACCGCGCUCGCUGGAGCACCCUGAGCCUGCUGCUGCAGAGGGGGUCCGACCCCAACGCCUCCAGGCUGCCCAUGCCCGUUCUGUUCCUCGCCAUCAAGGCGGCGCACGUAGAGGCGGUCCGGGCUCUGCUGCAGCGUGGAGCGCAGACCGACAGGCCCCUCCCCGCUGAGUGGAAGGGCCUAUAUCCCCUUCACGUCGCUGCAGGCUUGUCGGGCCCUGAGGGCCCCAGCAUAACAGAGCUGCUCCUGCACGCCAUGGCUGACGCUGAUGCCCAGGCACUAGACCAGGAGGACGUCUAUCAUCUGGAUAAGACCAGGACAGAGACACAAACGGCUCUCGGGAACAAGACCCUGGCCCCCCCAUCCUGGGGCCCCGACCCCGAGGACGGCUUCCCCGGGGCCCCCCCAGAAGGGGGUCGGACCGCCCUGCACCUGGCCUGCCAGAGGGACACCGACCACAGCAAUGCCAGCGAGGUGGUGUCGCUGCUGCUCUCCCGGAGGGCCAGAACUCACCUCCUGUGGAGCGGUCACUCCGCGCUCUCCCUGGCUAUCGCUAGCGGCAACGACAUGGCAGUGGAGUUGUUGUUGAAGGGGGGGGCAGACCCUAAUCUUCCACUGGGCCGAGGCGUGGGCAGUGCGCUGUGUGCCCUCACCAACAUCGACUACGACUCCACGGGACACCCCCACGACAGGGCUAAGAUGUUGGAUAUGUUAGACAAGGCGGGGGCAGACAUCAGGAUGCCCGUGUUGGUCGGGGAAGGCCAGAAGAGGGCCUUCGGGACAGCUGUCGACUACGCACACUAUACCUUCAACCAGGACCAGCGCAUUGCCCACACCUCCUACCACGCCCUGAGCCAGCGGGAGAGGGCCGUCCACGAGGCCCGCGGCCAGCUGCUGAGGCUGAUGGCCGCCAUGCUGAGGCAGACCGCCGGGCGCGGGGGGGCCGGGGAGCGCACCCCGCCUGCCGGUGCCAACAACAAAGAGAAGUUUGUGUAUAAAGGGGGAGGAGCCAAUACGCCACAGGGGCGGGGCCCCAGGGCAACCGUUGCCAAAGAGACAAACAGACCUGAGUCUCCGGUGUCCGACCGUGAAACAGAAAAUGGUGGACCCGCUGACCGAGCCGAGAGCAAGGCAUCGUGGCAGAGCAGAACGAGGGCCGACGGCAGAGAGAGGAGGACCAGGACGCCUCUGGGCUCGUGCUACCAGUGCGGCCGCUCGGCGUUCGUGACCCUGACGCCCUGCAGCCGCUGCCACCAGGUGCUGUACUGCUCCGGGAGCUGCAAGCUGAAGGCCUGGGAGCAGAGGCACCGCGGGGAGUGCAUCCGACUGCCAGUAAGCCCAAGUUCCCCCCCUCAGAGGGAGAGGGUCAAAGCCAGUAGAACGCCAGGACCCUUGAAGGUGUCAGAGAAGGUCGCAGACAGACCCUUGAAGAGGCCAGAGAAGGUUCCAGAAGUUCACAUCGACCCUUCGGAAAACUACAGCUUCAUCUGAUCACAUAGAAAAUAAUAACUUAAUGAUAAUAAUAGGUAAGAAUUAUUAAUAAUAUUUAUAAUUCAUAAUAAUAAUAAGUUAUGAAUACUAAUAACUUUAGAUCAGUACAGCAGCAAAUGACUCGCUUCAUGAUACUAUAACAACAUAAGCCUAUAGGGAUUCAGAAGCUUGGGAAAUUAAAUGAUUUAAAGGAAGACACGCCACAAAUCAGGGUUAAUCCUUGACGUCUGCCCUUUAAUGGAAUGUGCGGGACUAUAAUACUUUCCAGUAAACCAUUGCCUGUGUUAGUCCUGGGUGCCAUAACAAAUAAAUUAAAUCAUAUAAUACAA